AUGGAGUUGAAAGCACCUUCAAGUAUGAAAUUAUCCGGCAAUUUGUCCGAGAACUGGAGUAAAUUUAAGCAACGUUUUAUGCUUUAUUUGGAGGCAUCCGAUAAAAUAAGGAAACCAGAUAAAAUGAAAGUAGCUUUAUUAUUAGGAAUAAUGGGCGAAGAAUGUAUAGACAUAUUUAAUAGCUUCAAACUUAGUGAAGCAAUUGGAAAUAAUUUCAACGAAGUUUUAAAUGCUUUCGACAAUUAUUUUCAGCCAAGGACAAAUACUGUGAUUGCACGUUAUAAAUUCUUUAAUAGCAGGCAGAAGGAAGGUGAAUCUGUUGACUCAUUUGUCACAAAUCUGAAAAAUUUAUCGAAAGACUGUUGCUUUGAGAACCAAGAGGACAGUUUAAUUCGAGAUUUAUUAGUAAUCGGUGUACGAGAUUCCGCGAUGAAGGAAAAAUUGCUCAUGGAAACCGAGCUAUCUUUGGGAAAAGCUAUAGAGUAUUGUAGGGCAAAAGAAGCCAGUACUAAACAAAUUCAGAUUAUGAGUGAACAUUUGGACUGUAAUCCGAAAGACAUAGAUGCUGUUAAGGAUAAAAAUAAACACGGGAAAGUUUUUAAUAGACAUAAGGGAAAUAAUGACAGCUAUCGCAAAAUGGACAAAAAGUCAAGUGCAUUAUUAGGAAUUGAAGCUUGUGAAAAAAUGGGAUUUGUUCAUAGAAAGUCAUCAGUUCAUGUUGAUUCUGUGCUUGGUAAGGAUAUUGUUAAAGAUUUCCACGAUGUGUUUACUGGAAAAUUGGGUAAAUUACCAUAUGUGUAUAAAAUCAAGCUUGAUGCCAGCGCUGAACCCAAAAUUUCAGCUCCGAAAAUAAUUCCAUAUUCACUAAAAUUGAAAGUGAAGCGUGAACUCGAUAAAAUGGUAGACCAAGGUGUCAUUGAAAAGGUUGUUGAACCGACUGAUUGGGUACAUCCUAUAGUGAUAGUUCAGAAACCAAAUAAUCAAAUUAGAAUUUGCAUGGAUCCUAGGAUGUUAAAUAAAUACGUUAAACGAGAACACUAUCCUAUUCCUACACAACAGAGCUUAUUUUCUCAGAUUGAAGGAGAAUUCUUUACAGUUCUGGAUGCAUCUUCAGCAUUUUUACAGAUAUCCUUAGAUGAAGAAAGUUCAAAUUUAUGUACAAUUGCCACUCCAUUUGGGAGGUUCAGGUUUCGUAGAUUACCUUACGGCUUAUCGAGCGCCCCUGAAGUAUAUCAAAAUACGAUAGAAUCUAUUUUUAGAGAUUUGGAGGGUAUACUUGUCUAUAUUGAUGAUAUCUUAGUUUUUGGUAAAACUGAAGAAGAACAUGAUAGACGACUCAAAGCAGUUUUAAACAGAGCCAAAGAAGCUGGUUUGAAACUCUCCCAAGAGAAAAGUCAAAUUAAACAAAAGUCUGUUAAAUAUUUAGGAUAUAACUUAACUAAUGAAGGAGUUUCAGUUAAUGACGAUAAAAUUAAAGCUAUUGUUGAUUUCAAAGCACCUACUAAUAAAACAGAAUUGCAGAGAUUUUUAGGAAUGAUUACAUACCUAGGAAAAUUCAUCGAAAAUCUCUCAGACAGAACAGGAAUAUUGAGAAAACUACUGAGUAAGAAGAGUGAAUUUGUUUGGACUAGUAAUGAACAAAAAGUGUUUGAAAAUUUGAAGAAAUGUGUAUCCAUUGCACCGGUUUUAGCGUACUAUAAUCCUGAUUUAAAAUCUACUGUCUCUGUUGAUGCUAGCCAAUACGGCUUAGGAGCAGUUUUACUACAAGGAGACCACCCAGUUUGCUAUGCAUCGUGUGCGCUUAAUGACACACAGAAAAGUUACAGCCAAAUAGAGAAAGAACUUUUAGCUGUCGUGAAUGGUUGUAAGAAAUUUCACUACUUUAUAUAUGGUACUGAUACAGUUGUGGAGACAGAUCACAAGCCUCUUCUUGGUUUGUUGAAAAAACCAAUUGAAAAUCUUUCGGAAAGAUUGCAAAGAAUGCUUUUUGAACUUUUAAAAUACAGAAUUAAACUUGUAUAUGUCCCAGGGAAGAAACUUUAUGUAGCAGAUGCUCUAUCUAGAAGUCCUACUAAGGUCUAUGCAGACACAAGUUUCUUGGAGGGAGGAGCUGCAACUGUACAUACGAUUCUAUCAACAACAGAUGAACGAACAGCUGAAAUGCAAAAUGCUGUAAAGGAGGAUGAAGAUCUAUCCAGAUUAAAGUUGUUAAUACAAAAUGGAUGGCCAAAACAGUAUAGUCAAGUUCCAGAAAAACUAAGACCUUAUUGGAAUUUUAAAGAAGAGUUACAUGAUAGUAAUGACUUGAUUUUUCUUGGACAUAGACUUGUUGUGCCAAAGACCAUGCAAUCCUACGUGUUAUCUAAAUUGCAUUCUGCACACCAAGGUAUCACUACAUGUCAAAAUAAAGCUAAAGUGUCUUUGUACUGGCCGAAAAUGAAUGAACAUAUUAAAGAUUACGUGGAGCGAUGCCAAGUCUGCCAAGAGCGCCAAACUGCAAAUCAGAAAGAAACGUUAAUGCCUUAUGAUAUUCCAAAACUGCCUUGGGAAGAAGUUGGCGUAGACUUUAUGUAUUUGGAUGGAGAUAACUUCUUACAAGUAAUAGAUUACCAUUCAAAAUUUAUAGAGUUGAGGAAGCUUAACGCGAAAACAGCUACAUCAGUGAUCGGUGCACUUAAACAAAUAUUUCGUACACAUGGAAUUCCACAGAAAAUACAUUCAGACAAUGGCCCACCUUUUGACAGCCGAGCAUAUUUAUCAUUUUUGAAAUCUUAUGAUAUUCAACCUAUAACAUCAUCUCCUAGAUAUCCAAGAUCUAAUGGAAUGAUUGAAAGAUCAAUAGGGACAAUGAAAAACAUCCUUUUGAAAGUCAAAGCUUCUGGAGGCGAUCCUAAUUUAGCAAUCUUGGAGUACAAUAACACGCCAAAAUUUAAAUUGCCUUCUCCAGCAGAAAUGUUGAUGGGAAGACGCUUAAGUGGAAACAUUUCUCGCUAUAAAAAAAAGGAAAUGAUUGUUAAAAGUAAAGGCAUGUGUUCCGUUCUAUUUCAAGGAAUUGUGAUGGACACAAAAUUUUUGAAAGUUGUGAAAAAGUCAGAGAUGAAUUCGUUCCGGAUGUUCAUCAACAACGACCACGGAUGA